AGUGCGCACCGACGGGGAGAACGCGCGUCUCCGCGAGAGGGCGGAGGCCUUUCCGCGCUUCAAAGGCGCGGGGGUGGUAGUGGAAAUUGGCUGCCGGCCCCCGUUGGGCUUGGCUGCGGAGCCGAGCGGAGGUGAGCGGCGGACUUCCGAGGCGGCGUUUGAACAACAAGCUGAGCUACAACAGGAACCCCCGGCCGGGUCGACCGCCAGAGGCUUAGGGAGAGGAACGCCGGGAGGCGGGAAAACCCGGGCGGGGAGGCCCGAGUUUCCCCAUCAGAGGAGACUCCCUUUUUGUCCUCGUCGCGGCCGAACCCGGGAGGCUGAAAGGGGCGACGACGGCGGGGCUGCGGAAAUGAUUUCUGACGUGCUAGGGAAGCCUUCUGUGUAGCUGGUCCUGGUGAGCCCCAAAUCUCUUUCUUUCAACCCUCGGUACCUCCGGCCACUGUUUUGUGUGUACUGUGGAAGAAUGUGUGGACGGACAGCUGUUAGUCUGGGAGCAGAUCGUCUCCGCCGUGCCUGUGCCUAUCACAAUAAUCAAGGGGAAAGAAAGUAUCCUGAAUGGAAAAAUGCUGACAAAUAUAGCCCCUCCUUCAAUAAGAGCCCACAGUCUAACAGUCCCGUGCUUCUCUCCCGGCAACACUUUGAGAAGGAUGCCAGUUCUUCUGAGCGUAUCCUUGUAGCCAUGCGUUGGGGACUAGUUCCAGCUUGGUUCAAGGAAGCUGACCCAUCUAAAAUGCAGUACAGCACUUUCAAUUGUCGGAGUGAUACCAUGAUGGAGAAAUUCUGCUAUAAGGGUCCUUUCUUAAAAGGCAAACGCUGUGUGGUGCUGGCCGAUGGCUACUAUGAAUGGCGACAACAUAAUGGACAAAAGCAGCCCUAUUUCAUUUACUUUGCCCAGACUGAGCAGGAAAUGUUCACCAAACCAGAUACGGAAGAUGAGGUUGAAGAUUCAAAAGUCAGGAAGCUGCUUACUAUGGCUGGAAUUUUUGAUUGCUGGGAGCCCCAGAAGGGAAGAGAAGCAUUGUACAGUUACAGUAUCAUCACAGUAGAUGCAUCUGAAAGUGUAAGAUCCAUCCAUCACAGGAUGCCAGCUAUUCUGGAAGGGGAUGAGGCAGUUAGAAGAUGGCUGGACUUUGCAGAAGUACCCACAGAAGAAGCGCUUCAGCUUAUCCAGUCCACAGAAAACAUUGUCUUUCACCCUGUAUCAACAAUAGUGAACAAUUCCCGAAAUAAUUCACUGGAAUGCAUUUUACCCAUUGAACUGGAGUUCAAGAAGAAUACCAAAGUUAGUGCAAGCAGCACAAUAAUGCUGAACUGGUUAAAAACCAAAGGCCCCAGGAAAGAUGACAAGGAUGAAGACAAUUUACCAAAGUGGUCCAGCCAGUUCAUCCAGACACCACCAUCUAAGAAAACGAGUAUAGACUUAAUGCACCAAUGGCUCAAAGAAGAUGGAGAACCUUCUGCAAAGCAUCCCAAAAAACAGUGAUAUCUUGGUUGUAUUGCUUAUUACCAAGCCUGUUUUUAGCCUAAUAGGUUCUUACAUAUGGAGUUAUAGCAAUAUUUAAACUUCCUGAUUUAGAUUAUAAUGCAGGACUUCAGGCAUGCUUACUUCCUAAUGUUGAGUAGAUGGGCUCUGACAUUUAACAUUUAGUUUUGUCUGACACAAAUAGGGGUAUGGUUGUUAAGUGCAGCAUUGACUUUACCAUGCCAACUUUGAGAAGGCAACAGCGUCCCGAAAUAUGUAAAAAGUGAAGGGUUUAAUCCUUUUUUUCUUCUCCAAGGACACAAGCAGAGAUUUGGUUUGUCAUGGUUACUGUCGCAGUAUUCAUUCAAUUCACUUUGUGGAUUGCUUCAUCUUUUAUGGAAAAAGUAGGUCACUGUUAAUGCUGGAGAUUUGCUGCUGCACAAUGAGAAUGAUUGUUUGCUUUAUUCUCAAGCCAGUUCAAACUUUUGUCCUUUUUUAUCUGUUUUGGAACAUGUGGAAUAUCAUCUUCAAGCAGUUUUCAAAUAUAAUUCCUAUUGGUUGGGAAGCUAUUCCAAAAGGAGCUUGUUUCACUAUUCUGGAUUUACUGUACUUUCCAAACCUGUAGUGGUAUUGUUUAACUAGCUCAUCAAAGCUAUAAUGGUGAUCAGGCCACCACUGUAACUGAUAUCUUGAGCAGGUGGUAAGAGGGGAUAGAAAGACUGUUUUGGGGGGCAGUCAAGAUAAUGUGGUAGUAGUAGUAGUUGGCUGUAUUAAGGAUAACUGACACUUGGUAAUAAUGCAGAAUUCUAAACAAAAGCUUUAUGAGGUCCAGAGACAAGGACAAAAUUUGAGCUGCUUAAGAUGAGUCACGCUGGACUCAAGGCAAAGUGUUGUUGUCCAGCCUAAGAGGCAUCAGGACCACUAUUGUCAAAAGAAUGGCUAGGUGGUUAAGAUGGUACUUCAAGAGAGAAAUCCACCUUUAUGCAUAGGAUCAACUUAUUCCACUCUCCAGAGAGCUAGAGUACUGGGCCUGAAUAGGCCUGAAAUUCAUGCAGGAAAAUACUCCUGACAGUGAUGGGUUCUUUAAAGUGCUAUACAGAGAAUUGUUCCAGUGAGAAAUGAGUUUAUUUCCCUGGGAAUGAAAGGGAAAGGAUUACCUCAGACCAACAUGGGAGAGGCUGUACCUGGAAUUCCAUGCAGCUCUUGAAAUUGGUUGGUGAUCUCUGUACAGCCUUACUAUACAACUACAUCAGAAAUCUAUUUUGUCCAUUUCUUGGCAAAUAAGAGACUGAAACAAACGAUAAAUAUUCAGAAUAUUUAAUUUUAUAUAGAAGACUAUAAAUCCUUUUGGGUAGAACAGAGUUCCUGUAAGCAAUCUGCUGAAAUGCAUGAAAUACCAUUCACUAGAAAUAAGGUUGCAAAUUUGGGACAUUUUUAAAGUUUUUAAUACACAGACAAUGCUGGAAAUAUAAAUGAAGACUUUGUUCGGAGUUAAACUUAUUUUGACAUCAUUAAUUUCUUAACUUGUGACAACAGCUAUAGAAGUAAAAAGCAUUUAACUAUCCCAUUAAUGUUUUUAUGCAUAGUAUAAUUCCUGCUAAAUCCUAAAGUACAAUUACAUUGAGAGUCACUGUGAAUAACAUGUCUCCCUUAUCUUGAUAAGUAUAAAAGUGAACAUUAGUAUAUAUAUUCAGAAUUCUGGAGAUUUGAUUAUUCAGUGCAGGAAGUGUCCCAGUCCUGAAGAGUUUGUACUUUUGCACCAAUUCCAUGUUGUAACCAUUUUGAACAUAUAUGUAGCUUGUGCUAUCCCUUAUAGGCUUCUUGUGCCACCAUUGGGAAUGGUGCAGGGUUCUCUUUCCAAUUAUUUAAGAAUAACUACACUAGAACUGAGGAAAGCAGGAGUGUUGUCUGUAAUCAGGUCAUGGAGGGAUGGGAAUUUCUCCAUGGCUUUUGCAGAACAGUGAUUGGCUCCAGAAACACACAGAGCUCUAGCCAAAAAUUGGCAUGACCAUCUCUUUCCAUGAGCGGAGAUGUUAUGUCAACACUUUUUUGAGGUGGGUCUUUUUGGCCAUGGCAAGAGUUUUGUGUAAUUUGUUUUCCUUUUGUGUGUGUGUACUAAAUUAUAAUUAGGGGAACAGGGAGAAGAGACUUUUCAAUAUUAGUUGUACAUUUGGUAAUAUAAUUUGUAGAGUGAGUGCAGCUGCUGUUGAAAUAGCUGUCUAGAAAAAAAUCGGUACAUUAGGCAAGUAGCUGAUCAUAUUUCUUCCUGCUUUCUAACAGCCCAGUUUAUCAAAUUAUUCCAGAAUUUCUCUUCCUCACUUAAAUGUGUAUAACCUGGGUAUAAGGAAGUAUCCAAUAACAAAUCUUGAAUAGUAGUUUGAUAUUUUAUUUAGUUCCAACCUGCCUUUCAUUCAAGAGCUCAAGGUGAUGUACACAGAAGUCCCUAUUUUCCUUAACAACAGUAAUCCUGUGAGGAAGAUUGGGCUGAGAGAUACUUGAAUAUGCUUCAAGAUUUGUCAUAGUACGAAAUGGUAGACAAACAUGUUAGUAAAUCAGGUAUUAAUUGCCCCCAGUGCCCAAUCUGGCAUGGGUGAUGUGAUCAGUUUUUAUGAUUAUUAUUGCUUGCACAGUCAGCCAGUUUAGACUAGAUUUGGCUUUUUUAUCCACCUA